AUCUCAGGGGCAGAAUAGGGUAUAAAAGAAAAGCAAAGGAAACUCUGUUUAAACCUGCGGCUACCUACUGCCUACUGCCCUGCUGGCCACCUCACUGCCUUCCCUCUUCACAAUGGAGUCUGCCAUCAGCACCCUGGUCACUCACUUCAAGACCUUUGCUGGGAAGGACGGCUCCUCCAGCACCCUGAGCCGCGAGGAGUUCCGCAGCCUGGUCGCCUCCCAGCUGCCCACCUUUGUCAAAAACAGCAGUGAUCCCGGGGUAAUUGACCAGCUCAUGGGUUCAUUGGACGAAAACAACGACGGCGAGCUUACAUUCCCGGAGUUCUGGCAGCUGAUUGGAAAAUUGGCCUGCAAGCAUGGGGGCUUCAGCCAAUAAGAAGCCAGGGUGAUUUGGCUCUCCUUAGCAAAUCCAUUGUAAUGCUGUGGUAUUUCUUAAAUUUGGGCCAAAAGUGGUUGUAAUCAUACAGUACAUUUUUUAAUAAGAACUAAUCUAAAUGAUUUAUUUAAUCCUCUUCCGAUAUAGAAGUGUAAUAAUAAAGCUGUUCUCAUUUUAAACCU